AUGGGAAAGGAAAAGGUUCAUAUUAACGUCGUCGUUAUCGGCCACGUCGACUCCGGAAAGUCCACCACCACCGGUCAUUUGAUCUACAAAUGUGGUGGAAUUGACAAGCGUACCAUCGAGAAGUUCGAGAAGGAAGCCGCUGAACUCGGUAAGGGUUCUUUCAAGUACGCAUGGGUUUUGGACAAACUCAAGGCUGAGCGUGAACGUGGUAUCACCAUUGACAUUGCUCUCUGGAAGUUUGAGACUCCAAGAUACUAUGUAACCGUCAUUGAUGCCCCUGGUCAUCGUGAUUUCAUCAAGAACAUGAUCACUGGUACUUCCCAGGCUGAUUGUGCCGUUCUUAUCAUUGCCGCUGGUACUGGUGAGUUCGAGGCUGGUAUCUCCAAGGAUGGCCAAACUCGUGAGCACGCUCUUCUCGCCUACACCCUUGGUGUCAAGCAACUCAUUGUUGCCAUCAACAAGAUGGACACCACCAAGUGGUCCGAGGAUCGUUACCAAGAGAUCAUCAAGGAGACCUCCAACUUCAUCAAGAAGGUCGGAUACAACCCAAAGACCGUUCCUUUCGUUCCUAUCUCCGGUUUCAACGGUGAUAACAUGAUCGACAACUCCCCUAACUGCCCAUGGUACAAGGGAUGGAACAAGGAGGGUAAGGGAGGAGCCAAGACUACCGGAAAGACUCUUCUCGAGGCUAUUGAUGCUAUCGAGGAACCUUCCCGCCCAACUGACAAGCCCCUCCGUCUUCCUCUUCAAGAUGUCUACAAGAUUGGUGGUAUUGGCACGGUGCCAGUCGGUCGUGUUGAGACCGGUAUCAUCAAGGCCGGUAUGGUCGUCACCUUCGCCCCAGCUGGUGUCACCACUGAAGUCAAGUCCGUUGAGAUGCAUCACGAACAACUCGUUGAGGGUGUUCCAGGUGACAACGUCGGCUUCAACGUCAAGAACGUUUCCGUCAAGGAGAUCCGUCGUGGUAACGUUGCUGGUGACUCCAAGCAAGACCCUCCAAAGGGUGCUGAGUCCUUCAACGCUCAAGUCAUCGUCCUUAACCACCCUGGUCAAGUCGGUGCUGGUUACGCUCCAGUUCUUGAUUGUCACACUGCUCACAUUGCUUGCAAGUUCUCUGAGCUCCUCCAAAAGAUUGAUCGUCGUACCGGUAAAUCUAUGGAAGAUUCUCCAAAGUUCAUCAAGUCAGGUGAUGCUGCUAUCGUUAAGAUGGUUCCAUCCAAGCCUAUGUGUGUUGAGGCCUUCACUGAGUACCCACCUCUUGGACGUUUCGCCGUCCGUGAUAUGAGACAAACUGUCGCAGUGGGAGUUAUAAAAUCAGUGGAGAAGCAAGACAAAGCUGGCAAGGUCACCAAGGCCGCUGUCAAGGCUGGUGCAAAGAAGUAA